AUCUAUUUUUAAAUCUGCUUUAUUCAUUUGGUAUAUGUUUUUCCUAAUCUAGAUGAUGCGUAAAAUUAUUUGUUCGAAUUCUUAGGGAAAGUGUUUCUGUUUUAAUCAGUUGUUUCCUUGGUUGUUUGUGUUAUUUGUUUUCAAGACCCAGAUUACUUCUAAGUGGUAAAUGGGAUUUUGGUUGGGGUUCAAUUAUGUUUAUUUAUUGACCUCCGAAGUUAAAAAGACAAGAUCUUUUUUACAUUUUCGAAGUAAUCCGCAGUAUGCGCAAAACCCAUUUGCUUUCCUAGCUUGUAAAAGGGAGUCGUUUUUCAGAAUCUUGUUACUUUGUUGGGAGAGAGCAUUAAUUUCAUGGUUUGCAUUUUGAAUAUUUUUAAGCUAAUUAAAUUAGUUUAUGGUGGUAGAAAAUUGUUUGCCGUAGCUUUUGUGUUCUUAUUUGGGUAGCCAUUAUCAUGUAAAAAUCUUGUAUCUAGUUGCUAAAAGAUUACUUUAGUAUUUGGAGUGCAUAUGUAUGUUAGCUUUUGUAGUAAUUCAGGAUUCAAUAGGUAGUUAAUAUGAAGUAUAUCUUGUAAUCAAUGCUCAUGGUUAGAAGAAGUUUGAGGUAUAUGACUAUAUGAGUGUCAUUUACUAGGUAAGCUUUCAUCCCAUAUUAACUACCCACGAAGAACUACUUGAGCGGAGGAUGAAUAGAUACAUAACUACGUAUAUAUGUAUGAGUUGUUGAAGAUAUUACAUUUCGGUAUGAUUGCAUUUGAGAAAUGGGUGACAAGAAGAAGAAGGCUACGUUGUUCAUCAGGCUUGUCUCAGCUGCUGGGACUGGUUUUUUCUACGUCAAGAAGAAGCCUUCUAGGAUGGUAGAGAAGCUUGAGUUCCGAAAAUUUGACCCCCGAGUAAACCGUCAUGUUUUAUUCACUGAAGCAAAAAUGAAAUGAGUGAGCAGUUUCAUCAGUCUAGAUCUUGUCAUGUACUCCGUCAUUUGGGAAGUUUGGAUCAAUAAUGCCAUUGUUGUGUCAUGCAGACAUUUUGUAUCAAAUUUUCUUUUUUUUUAGUUUAUUUGAUUUGACUAGUCUUGGGCGUUCGAAAUCAUGCCUCAUAGAUCGAAAAUAUGGAGGGUCUUCUAGUUUGAUUCAGAUGAUUUGAUUGACAACGAAUACUACAUGAAGGAUCGAUAAACCAUGAUGGAUAAAAAAAAGUUGUCUUUUAGA